GGAUUACACCUGCUUCAAAUGAUCCAUUGUUUGGAGCUUACUGAGCUUUUGCUUGCCCCUCGAGCAAAAAUAUCACUUGUGCAUCGUUUCUCUAAUGAGCCUGACCUUGAUGAGGCUGUGAAGAAAAUCGCAGAAAACCAUGUUUACAUCUGUGUGGUUAAUUCCGACUCAUCAAUUCAAGUUCAUUUAACUGCUGAGAGAUGCCUGUUUGGAAAGGCAAAGAGUCCAAUAAAUGUAAUAGUUAGUUUAAUUGGGGCAUAUUUUGCUUUUAAUAUCGCUUACCCUAAAGCACUCUAUCAACUUUGUAUAUUUAUCCAACAUUUUUUUAUUAAGAAUUGUAGACAAGCAAAAGGUACCAGAAAUAGUUAAAAGGACUCUAGCAUC